AGUUCCAUCGGCGACUUGCCACUUGUACCCGAGUUCUAGAUCUUCAGCACUCAGCAUGUCGGAGACCGCUCCUGCCGCUCCCGCCGCCGCGCCUCCUGCGGAGAAGACCCCGGUUAAGAAAAAGGCGGCCAAGAAGCCGGCCGGGGCGCGCCGGAAGGCGUCUGGGCCGCCGGUGUCCGAGCUCAUCACGAAGGCUGUCGCCGCUUCCAAAGAGCGGAGCGGUGUGUCUUUGGCUGCGCUCAAGAAGGCGCUGGCAGCCGCGGGCUACGAUGUGGAGAAGAAUAAUAGCCGCAUCAAACUGGGUCUUAGGAGCCUGGUGAGUAAGGGCACUCUGGUGCAGACCAAGGGCACCGGUGCUUCCGGCUCCUUUAAGCUCAACAGGAAAGGGGCCACUGGGGAAGCCAAGCCCAAGGCUAAGAAAGCAGGUGCGGCCAAGCCCAAGAAGGCCGCUGGGGCAGCUAAGAAGCCCAAGAAAGCCACGGGUGGGGCCACCCCGAAAAAAGCCGCCAAGAAGACCCCGAAGAAGGCGAAGAAGCCAGCCGCAGCUACUGUGACCAAGAAAGUUGCCAAGAGCCCAAGGAAAGCUAAAGCUGCGAAACCCAAGAAGGCCGCCAAGAGCGCAGCUAAGGCAGCGAAGACCAAAGCCGCCAAGCCCAAGGUUGCCAAGCCCAAGAAGGCUGCACCGAAAAAGAAGUAGGUUGUUAAUCGUCUGCUUCUAAAACCCAAAAAGGCUCUUUUCAGAGCCACCACUGAUAUCAAAAAAAAGACCUGUAUCCUCCUUCCGUACUUGCUGUUUCUGUAUACCUAUAUCCCCUUCCGCCUUUUAAUCUAAAUCAAGGUUGCGCAGGAGUCGUUGCAGAAGGCUGCUCACGCUACCCUAAGAUGGGCAGUGAGGGCUUGGCAGGGUGACUGCUGUGAGGUUGCAGGGCAUAGACCCAUCCCUGUGGGUUGCUCUUUGCUCUGCGGUGCUUUUGGUUAGUCUCCUGGUCAGCAAUUACAAGCGCUGUCCGGAGGCUUGCGUACUUGGGCUAUCCGCCUGCCCCGCUCCACUCCUGUGGACAGCAAAUACAACCACAAAGAAAUCCAGCCAGUUUCUUAGUCUUAACGGGAUAUUCCGAUUGGGCUAAGAACUCAUUCAAAAGUCCCGCCCUGCUCGCGGGUUGGCUCACUUCCCCAGCCCGUAAUUUUCACCCUGUAUUUAAUUGGAUGGUGGCCGGCCUCCAUCCUUAGUCUCCAAUGUUUGUUUUCCUUCCGUUGGGUUAGCACUAUUCGCGUGAAACAGAAAUGUAUCUGGUAUUUCGGACAUUUUCCAUGUUUCGAAAGUCAAGUUGUUGGCCCUCGGGGGCGUUGGUAUCAUCCGAUACUGGGAGGAGGGUGGGUGCAGGCGCUCUUGCCUCGCAUUCUUUUGUUAAUUCCUGUGGGCUGUGGCAGCAAAGGAACAUUUGAAAAACUGCUACAGCGGUGGCAAUGACUCUUCCACCCAGGGCAAGGCUGGACCAGGGAUGUUUCUGUUCCUCGCAUCGUGUAACUUUCAACAAAUGUGUGAUGGAUUUGAGCGCAUGAAAAACAACUUUUAGUCGGCCAUUUUGUCCUGGCCGGCCAGUCAAGGAUCCUCAUUUUAGGUGGACUUUAACAUCAAAAAAUCGAAGAUGCUUUAAACGCAUUUUUGUAACAUUUGUAACACCCAACAUUUUCUACGCGAAGGAGAAAGAAUAUAUUGGUUAAGUUUUGGAAAUUGUGUGUGUACUGAGCGGGGGGAGGUGAUGUCUCUAAUAAAGGGCUUUAGUUUUCAUUAA